AUGGGAGAUUUCAACACCAACUUCAUAGCUCCUUUAUCCUCUCGUUCCCGUAAACUUCAGGAAAUCAUUGGGUCUACUGGUCUUCAUGUCUUGCCUCUACAGGCUACUCACCACAACAUUAAUGGCGAUGAUACUUGGCUAGACCUAAUGCUGACCUCCACUCCUACCUCUGUACCCACUCACGGUCAAUAUCCUGCUCCUGGUUUUUCCCAUCACGACCUCAUCUUUUUAUCUUAUACGAUUAAACCUCCUAAACCACAGCCCAGGGUUUUGUCAAUGCGUAGUUUUGGGCGUAUGAAUAACGAAAAUCUAUGCAAAGACGCUUCUAAAGUGGACUGGGACCAACUAAUAUCUUCACCCUCGGUAGAUGAAAAGGUUCACAUAUUCAAUGAAGUCGUCCUUGGGCUUUACAACACUCAUGCGCCUAUCAGAAAAAUUAAACUGAAACGCCCACCAGGUCCUUGGAUGACUGAAGGUAUUCGGAUGGCUAUGAGGCGCCGGGAUCGGGCUUUUCGAAAAUUUAGGAGGAAUCGGUUUGAUGAUAACUGGACUAAAUUUAAGGUGUCGAGGAACCGGUGCAAUCAGAUGAUACUUAACGCUAAACGACGCUACAUUCUAGAAAACAUAAAUUCCGCUUCGCCUGCCGAUAUUUGGAAAUUGCUUGGAACUCUGGGUAUUGGUAGACAGCGUCACUCUGAUUUUCAGGCGACGAUAAGUUUGAAUGACAUCAACUUUCAUUUCUCCUCUGCUACACCACUAAAUAAUCAAAUGAAAUGUCGCACCUUGAACUACCUGAAUGGUUUGUCUCGACUUAAUGUUGACUCCUUUGAAUUUUCUUCGGUUGCUGUGGAUGAGAUCAAAAAUAUUAUCCUGUCCAUAAAAUCGAACGCCGUGGGUUGUGACAAUAUAAGUCGCCGUAUGAUCGUCACAAUCCUGGAUCAUCUUCUGCCAGUUAUAUGGCACAUCACAAAUUUCUCCCUAUCAUCAGGCUCUUUUCCGUCAUUGUGGCGUAAGGCUUAUGUUAUUCCUUUACCUAAAAUUCCUAACCCUUCCCUUCCAAAUCACUUUAGGCCCAUAUCUAUUCUUCCCUUCCUAUCCAAGGUGAUCGAGGCCUGCGUACACAAACAAUUGUCGCAGUUUAUUUUCCGGAACAACCUAUUGAGCCCUUACCAGUCUGGCUUCCGACCAGGUCACUCCACCGUUUCCGCUCUCCUUAAAGUGGUUGGCGACAUUAGGACAGGCAUGCAAGACACUAAAGUCACAGUACUGCACUGGAAUGGUUUUCAUCAUAUCUUCGGGGACGCCAGCAGUGUACUCGUAUUGAUGACACCUCUUCAAGUUGGUGCAGUGUCAACUCUGGCGUGCCCCAGGGCGAUUUUUCCAGUGGAAACUGACGGAGUUACACUCGUUAAAGUGGAAACCACGUGGCCAUGUGGUCCCCCUUCCACUGGGAGUUGA